GAACCCCCAAACAGCGCAUUGAACUGUCACGGCAAUGUGCAAUGUGCACUGCGCAAGCAUCCGGCCCUCUCGUGGCCCGGAAACUGCCGGAGGAUCCCCUCGCUGGUCGAUGGUUGGUGAGGCGCGCAACUGGCUGCAGGCGCUGCACGCCAGUUUAAUAUUGUUUCGAGUGGAGAAAUAAACAGUCACACCAUUCACACACCUACAAGUAACUCGCUUCUAAUCUUCACCAACACCAUGGUGACGGAUACCAUCGGGAUACUCGUCCAUGGUCAUUCCUACCCUGCUUGAGUGUGUGCAUAGUCGGUAUUGGAUCCCUGGAGACUCUUCGGAGAAGCUCAGCUGCUCAUCCACCUAGUACAUGUACCCUUUGUGAACAUCGCGCGAUCAGGGGCAAAACGGUUAUGGCCAACUCACGCAGGACCGUGUCCUCAGGCAAAGACAAGCCCUCUUUCCAGCUCGGCGGCGGAGAUGACCAGUCGGACGAUGAUGACAGGAAUCCCACCGUCGCCAUCUCGUCGGGACCAUCAUCGACUCAGGCCCUACGCACCACAGAGUCCGAAAAGCAACCAUCUAUACCAGGUUUCGCUGCUGCCUCUCAACGCUCGGGUUUCCGCAAAGAUCCAUCCCUCAAGCUGCCUGCCUUCACUUCUCUGACAUCCAUGCGUGAUGAUGAGGAGGAUGGUUCAGAAGAUGAAGAGCUGCGCUGGGAGCGCUACAAAUCGCAGCCCUCGACGCCGAACAUCGCAGAGACGGCCCAGCAGCUCCGCCGGUCCCUGUCCAUUCACGGCUUACACGAGUUAGCCAGUGCUCCUAAGAAUGGUGGCAUCAAGCACAAGAUUUGGAGGCCGGAGAACGACCCGGUCCGAGAACCGGGUGAUUGGGAGCGCCUCGCCGUCCAUGUCAUACGGGGUGGCAUACGCGCUGGCCUCGUCUCCUUUGGCCUGAGGGGCACGGUCAUGCUCAUGUUUGCUCUGCUGAAGCUACUUCGCUCAAGAAAAUUCAGAGGGCAAGACUUUGUUCUCGCAUACUUCGGGGUUGCGAAUGGCCGGUUUUCGGCCAUGUUUGGACUCUGGGCGGCUAUAUACAAGCUUGUGCAUAACUCACUGCGUCUCACCACGCCCCCUCCGGCGCACAGCAAAUCAAGGAAGCGGCGCGCAUCAUCGUCGACAACAGGAGCAGGGGCAGCAGAAAGCGCGGCGACUGAGCAUGACGAUGGCUCGGGCGACUCGGGCGUUGCUACACCGCGGAGCGGGUACGAAAAGCUGCAAGGCAAGACGGAUGAAGAGAAAGCUAAGAUCAAGAGCAGACAGAAGCGAAAGGCGUUCAUGCGUGACCCGAGGAGUAGGGUGUGGCACGCAUACGUAGCUGGUGCCGUGUCAGCACUGGCGGUGUUGGUGGAGACCAAGGAUAUGCGUGUCACACUUGCACAGCAGUUGCUCGUCAGAGGUUUAGAGGGCUCGUACAACCUUGCGCACGGACAAGGCCUGAUCCACGUUCCAUACGGUUCGGUAUUGGUCUUCGGCCUGGCCUGCGGUCAGAUCAUGUUCGCUUGGAUCAACGCGCCCGAGUCGCUGCCGAGGAGCUACGUCAGCUGGAUCACACGCGCUUCGCAAGCCGGUCUACAAUCGACUCCAGUUUACCGGGAUCUCCGCGAUCACAAUGGGACGUUUGAUCCCAGUCACAUUUACAAAUACUUCCCCGAUGGCAAGAUCCCCCAACCUCUCUCUACCAACCCUCUUCGUUACCCUCCCGUCGCUCCUACGCCGACCAACGUUUAUGGCGUCACCGGCAAGCAUGUCCGCGAAUUCGUCAAGGCACUCGAUAUGCAAAAGCUUGGAGAACCGAUUCCUCAUUUACCGUGCUCUUUUAUGCAUCCCUGGGAGAACAGCCACUUCUGGAGCCCCUUCGACCGCUUCAUUAAGGUCACCCGAUGGAUCCUGCCAGUGUACAUGACGCUUUAUUUUGUACCAGCCAUUUUCCUCCGUACGAGGUCAUUCCUCAAGGCACCGAUGCGCAUCAUCCUCCGUUCGCUUUUUGGAUCCAUCCGCUCCUCCUCCUUCCUCGGCGUCUUUGUCAUCAUCUUCCAAGUCAUCUUCUGUGGCGCGCACCAGCUCUACGACGUGAUUGAUGCCAACGCGUCUCUCCGCGCCAACACGCCCGCGUGGGUCAAACGCAUGCUGCUGCACCAAGGCGUGCCCUGGUUCGCAGGGUUCAUGACGUGCCUCUCGCUCUUUGUUGAUGACGCCAGGCGCCGCGCAGAGCUGGCUGCGUACGUCUUGCCGAAAGGCAUGGAAAGCGCUUGGUCCAUCGCCAGGCAGCGCUCCUGGGUCCCUUUCGUACCCGGUGGGGACCUUCUCCUCACUUCCAUGGGCAUGUCCAUGGUCAUGGGAACGUACGCUCAAAGCCCAGAACAGCUGUCUGGGCUGGUGCGUCGCAUCAUUUACCAAGUGAGCCCGCUCACAGGGUACCUUCCCAAUAUCGCUUACUGAUAUUCCGGAACUCCUACUUGCAGUUUGUCGGUCGGAAUUAAGACAACUGCAACUGCCUGCAUGAUUCCUUCACCUGCUCUGUACCUUGCACGCAUUCAAUCUAGACAU